CGGAGCAGCCGUUGGCCAUGUGGAGGUUGGCGCGCGGCUGGGCGGCGCGCGGCGCGGCCGUUGCUCCCCUCAGAGGGGCGCGCGGGGCGGCCGUUGGUCCCCUCAGAGGGGCAGCGGCGGCAGCGGGGAGCGGCGGCCCCGCGGGAUGGUACGAGUGGCUGGCGCAAUCGGCACCCGUCCACUGCGUGGAGGACGGGCUCACGGCCCUGCAGGAGGCCUCCGGGCUGCCUUGGUGGGCCGCCAUCGUCUGUGGCGCCGCCUUGCUCCGCACCGCCGUCACCUUGCCGUUAGCCGCUCACCAGGGCCGUCUCCUGGCCAAGUUGGAAAAUCUGCAGCCUGAGAUUAAAAAACUAGCUGAGCAGCUUCGCUAUGAAGUGUCUGUUCGUGGGAAGCAAGUGGGCUGGUCUGACAAGGUGGCCAGGUUCCAUUUUAAGAAGAAUCUCCGGAGGAUCCUGACAGAGCUGUACAUCCGGGACAACUGCCACCCCUUCAAAGCCACCCUGCUGGUGUGGGUGCAGGUCCCCAUGUGGGUGUGCGUGUCCCUCGCUCUGCGCAACUGCAGCCUCGGUGCCACCCACCCCGCAGUUCAGGAACAGUUUUCGGCAGGCGGAGCGUUGUGGUUUACAGACCUCACAGCACCUGAUUCUACCUGGAUUUUGCCAGUUUCACUUGGGCUCGUGAAUUUGCUGAUAGUGGAGAUCUUUGCUUCACAAAAAAAGGAAGUUUCCAGGUUCCAGAAGCUUGCUACAAACUUCUUUCGAAUGGUGUCGGUUGUAAUGAUCCCUGUUGCUGCCACCGUCCCCUCCUCCAUGGCUCUGUACUGGGUGUCCUCCAGCCUGCUGGGACUCUCACACAACCUCCUGCUGCGCUCCCCCACCUGCCGACGCCUCUGCUGCAUCCCAAGGACCAGCUCUGACUCAGCCACUCCUUACAGGGACAUUGUGUCUGCCCUGGCUACCAAGUACAGGUUUAAGAAGUGAUGUCACUUGAGCUGGAGGAAGAGCUGUCCCACUGAUGCUGCGUGGGACAAUAGAACAAGUGUUUCAUUGAAAUGUACUUAUGUACUGUAAAAUGUUGCCUCUGGAAUGAUAUUUGUUUUCUGAAUAAAGCACUGUCUGACCAU